AUGUUUAGGCAUCGCCAGCGCACCCUCAUCGGAAUGCUGGCGCGCCACGCAGUGGUCGAGGCAGCAGCGCCGUUUGCCAGCUCGCACCUCUUCACUCAGGGCCGAGGCGGUAGCAGCAGCGGCAGCGACGGCCUCCUGCUCACCAUUGGGGACAUCACGGUGCCUGUGCCGACGAGCCUCCACCACCCGGAGCAUGUCAAUUGGCUCCUUCCCGGUGCCGCGAGCUGCGGCGAUGGUGCGGAUAAACCCGAGAGCAGCGACGAGUUUGCCACCCAUGGCUUCGGCGACGGCGGGUUGCAGCUGCGCGGAGGCAACGCCUUCUUUCAGCUGCAGGACCCCACGACGCGCAGCUACCUGCGCUGGAUGUGCCAGAAGGAGCAGCUCCGGCAGGACAUGUGCCUCGUGGGCGAGCCCGGCCCCGCGCUGCGGUGGCUAGUGCAGAUGUACUCCCACCUUGUGCGGCGUGAGGUGCAGUGCCUUUCACUUAAUCGCGACACCACCGAGAGCGACCUCGGCCAGCGCCGCGAGAUACGCAAUGGCACACUUGUCUACGAUGACCAGUGCGUCGUGGUGGCGGCCCGCGAGGGACAGCUGCUGCUCUUGGAGGGUCUGGAGAAGGUGGAGCGUAAUGUGCUGCCGGUGAUCAAUAACCUUCUGGAGAACCGUGAGAUGCACCUUGAAAAUGGCAUGAUGCUCAUCCACCCGGAGCGAUAUGACCGGCUGUUGCAGGAACUUCUCUCCACGAGGCGAGGCCGAUACGAGCAGAAUCGCAGCGACGACCAGGGCAGGGAGAGGCAGGGUGCUGAAGAUGCCCUGAAACACGCGGCGGCGCAGGAGGAGUUGCGCCGGAUGGGCUUCAUUCGCGUCUCCGAGCACUUUCGCGUUGUGGGUCUCACAGUUCCUGUUCCCCCAUACGACGGCAACCCACUCGACCCCCCGCUGCGCUCACGCUUUCAAUGCCUUUACGUUACCAUUCCGUUGCCCGGACUGGCGGUGACGCAGGGGACGACUGCCGCUGCGGUGGUGAGCGGUGGGCGGGGCGCGGAUGCGGCGGAGUCGCUGUUAAAGCUCCGAUCCAUCAUUGAUGAGGUAAACGCGAGCACGAAGGAUUUUGUCGUGGGUGGGAAGCAGGCGGGCGGCGGCAGCGGCCGUGAACAAGGCAACAAUCCCCAGACAAGUGGCGGCGGGGCGGCAAUGACGCAUCGUGGAUUGCACACCAUUGGCAGCUACGAGAUUGCGGUGUUGUCAAGGCAGCUGCAGUUGUUCCCUGAUAUUCCUCUCGGGGAAAUCCUCCCGCGCGCCUUCCCGUGGAUGCUGUACGCGCAGCAGACCGCAACUGCGGGCGCCGCACACCUCGAGGAGUCCACGCGUCGCAGGCGUGAGUAUGAGCGGGUGCUCGCCGCGUGCCACAUUGCCGCUCCGUUGUACGAAUGCCGCCGCACUUCGAUCGACAAUGACGGAGAGGACGUCGGCAUCGACCAGGCGGGCGACCUCAGCGCGGCGGAGCAGGGUGCCACGAGCCCCCGUGCUGUAAGAGGCUCCUCCCCGACACGAGGACAGGGGCGCUUGCGUCAGGCGUUGCGCGAGAAUGUGGUCUCCCAGCGGCGCCGUGGUAGCCGUGACGGCGCUGAGAGAGGCAGCGAGGAGCCUGAGGCGGCUCGUCGUCCGGAGGAGUUCAACGACGUGCUACGGGUUGAAAACAUCCGUGUAGCGGAGCACGGCCGCAGUACCGUGGUGGGGGACGCGUGCAUUGCCUGCAGCAAAGGCGGCGGCACCUAUCUUCUGCCGAUUUACCUGGGUGCGGCCGCCGUCCCCGCAACACGGGAAGAGGCGGGACGGGCAAUCGUGGUGGCCGAGCGCUGCCCCACGCCCUGCAGCGUGUUCACCCCGGCGCACUAUCACGUGCUGCAGUCCAUGCUGCAGCUGCACAUUGCGGGGCAGCAUAUUUUGCUGCUCGGGCCAACCGGCUGCGGCAAGACGACGCUGCUUCGCGAGUUUGCCCACUUGGCGGGGUAUCGCACGGAGACGAUGUACAUGUACGCCGACAUGACGAACAAAGACCUCUUCCAGCGCCGCACGACGGACGCCUCGACGGGGGACACAAGGUGGGAAAACAGCGCACUUGUGGAGGCCGCGCUGGGCGGCCACAUCGCCGUCCUUGACGGCGUCGACAAACUACCACAUGGAAUGCUGUCGUCCCUCCAACAGCUCCUCGUGGACGGGAACACGAGCCUCUACGACGGCACACUGCUCCGGUCGCAGCGGGAGUACGAGAUACUCAAGCGGGAGUUGAUGGCGACGGACCAGGAAAUGCAGGCACGGCGCAUUUUUCCCGUGCACCCCUCCUUUCGCGUCGUGGCGACCGCGCGGUGCGGAGUCUUUGCUGGUGGCGGCGGCAGGCCGAAGCAGGGGUCCUGGAGAGUCACGCACGAAGUGACCUCUCUCUUUGGGCUCGUGAUGAUGCCGGCCACCACGCGCGCGGCGCUGCACGCCGUCCUCGCACGGGUGGCGACAAACGAACGGCAAACGUGGCGAACAGAAAUGGGCGCUCUCGCCGAGGAGGAUAGUGGCACGGAGGCUGAGAGGACGCUGGAGGCUGUCACGCGUGACAUUGACCGGCUUCUGCGCCUGCGCGAUGCACUCGAACGUCUGCAGGAGACCGAGCCCAAGGUGCCGCAGCUGAGUCUACGGCAGCUGCUCCACUUAAUCCGCUUCAGUGUGCGCUACCCGGAUGACUUCACGCCCGGUGUGGAGUCCGCAGUGCUGCUGCCGCUUAUGAACGCACUGACGGCCGAGCAGGUGAGGCAGGUGAUGCGCUCCUGCGGCUUUUCUGACGUGGGCCGUCACGAACCAGAACAACAGCAACAACAACAGCACCCCCAUCGUCAGACGCGAAAGGUUGCACGCACGGAAGCCGAACUGUCGGAAGGACGUCGAAGCAAACGCCAAGAUGUUCUCGUGGAGCUCGCAGCUUCAGAUGCGCUCAACAGGACAAAUGAGGGAAAUGGCCAUGCGCCUGCGCGUGUCUUCGCGGUGCAUGGCAAACUUGUUUUGUGCAGCAAUCGCGUGUACUCGGAGGAGGAGCGGGCGAUGGUGCCGUAUGUUCCCUACUUCCACUCCAAUCCUGUGCACGAGUCCAUCAUUGCCUGGCUCGCAAAGCAGUACGCUGUGGGAAAUAAUAUCCUAUUGAUUGGGAACCAGGGUGUUGGGAAGAACAAGGUGGUAGACGCCUUCCUUGCCCGCAUAGGCGUGCCGCGGCAGUACAUACAACUCCACCGGGACACCACUGUCGGCACCCUCACCAUCAAUCCGACCGUUGAGGCCGGCCGCGUCGUCUGGUCGGACUCCCCGCUGGUGAAGGCGGUGCAGCGGGGGCACUGCCUCGUCGUGGACGAGAUUGACAAGGCCCCGGUGGAGGUGGUGCAGGUGCUGAAGGGACUCGUGGAGGAUCACGAGAUGCGCCUCCGCGAUGGACGGCAGAUACGCGGCCCACGCGCACGUGCCAUGGCCGCAGGCGGCGACGCCGGCGAGACGGCAAAUGUCAUUGCCAUGCACCCGGACUUUCGAAUCAUCGUGCUUGCAAAUCCGCCAGGGUUUCCGUUCCACGGCAACGACUUCUACCGUGAGUGCGGUGACUUGUUUGCGUCCUACGUGAUGGGCAACCCGGAUGCGCUUUCGCAACUACGUGUGCUGAAGGCGUACGGCCCAAGCAUCCCCGACGCGCUGCUGGUGCGACUCAUUGGGGCGUUCCAGCGUCUGCAGGAGAGCUUUGAGGAGGGCCACCUCACCUACCCCUUCUCCCUGCGUGAGUUGAUAGCCGUGGUGAAGCACAUGGCGGCGUUUCCACAUGAUGGCAUUUACGACGCCCUCAACAACGUCUUCAACUUUGACGCACGCAACGAAAACACCCUGCACCUCGUCCGUCAGGUAUUGCACCUGCACCUCCACCCGCUUAUGACCGCCGGCGGCAUGCGACGCCUCCUGCCGCUCCGUGCUGGGCAGCCGCUGCCGCUGCAGGUCCUGCCGCAGCCUCUGGAAGUGCCGGGGGCGGCGGCGGCGGCGUCAUCCGCGGAAGGUGCGACGUCGCUUCCGGUGCGCUUUCUCACCGACGACGAGUGCGGUGGGCCAUGCCCUGCGCAACCCGUGCCCACUUGGUGCGAGCGCUACAGAGAGGCGGAGUUUGCCGCCGCUCUGCCGAAUGGCGAGUCGGAGGGGUUUACAGAAUGGCUGGCGGCCCCGCGUCUUCCGUUUCUGCGUGCAGGCGACGUCGUGUUGGGUGUCGCACCGAUGGAGACAGACGCGGAGACGGGGGCCCUAGUCACCCUCGCCGUCCUCCUCCUGCGUGAGGAGGACCCCAGCGACGCGAGUCACAGCGGCAGUCGCAGUAAGCGCGUUAUUGUCGCCGUGGUGGCGCCGCCGUCUGUCGUCUCCCUCGGGAUGGCGGCGGUGCGGCGCUCGCAUCUUCCUCCAGGUCAUAUUCAGUUUUUUGACCUGACACAGUACUUGCCCGCCGUCGCUGCCGUGGCUUCUUCGUCCGCCCUGGCGCCAUUGUUGCUGGCCUUCAACGCCGAGUCGCACGCCGCCUCGCUCGCCGCGGCGGCAGGCGCAUCGGCUGACUGGCUGCAAGACACCCUCAGCGCCCCGGUCCCGCGCGUGGCUGUGGUGGACGCGCCGUCAGGCCUCGUGCUGCUGAUUAACCCGCUGGCCGCUGCGGCCCCCCAUUCCCGCGUUGCCCCGCAGCAAGACGCGGCGGCGGCAGAAUGCGCCCGGGGCGCCGUGCUUCCGGUCCGAAUGGCACCGCCCUCCUCCGAGGCGGCGGCGUGCCUCGCUGCCGUACGGCCACUGAGCGGCAUUGUCGCCAUGACGCGACCGCGCAGUGCAGAGUUGUUCGUCUGGAUGAACGGUCGCCGCGUCGCCGUCACGGUCCCCGCGGAGGGCGUCGAUGCCGUGCAGUUCGUGACCGACAAUCUGGCGAUGGUGUCCCUCCGGGCCGGGGAAACCGUCCUCAAGUGCGUGCUGAAGCUGGCCGUCUUUGCAGACGGGGAGGCGAAGGCAAGCCUCUGCCAGCUGCCAAGCGGCAUCGCCGGCGACGUCGUUGGGUUCGUGGGGACUCAGUCCCCGGCGGCGGCGGCUGCUGCUGCGGCGUCGCAUCAGGCGCUGCUGCAGCCUCUCACACCGGCUGAACUGAAGGGGGCUGUCGUUGUGCCAAGCGGCAACGGUACAAGCCGUGGCGGCGUUGUGUACAUGGCAGUGGAGGAAUACUCGCCAGAGAAGAAGACGUGGUCAAUGCGUGUAUUCACCGAUGCCGACGCCGCAGCUGCCGUCGGUGCCGGCGCGCUGCGCGUCAACCAUCCCCACCACCAGCUGCUGGCGACGGAGCCGUCGUCAGCCAAACACGGCGGCAGGACCGUUGCGGUUGACUUUCAUCAGCACACGGUGCGCCGGUUUGCGCCCCCGCCCGCGGCGACGGCGACGGCGACGGAGGAUGCCGCCGCCGCGUCAUCCCGGUUGCAAGCCGCUGGUAACCCCUUGUUUGUCUUGGACGAGGGCGCGGGGGUGGCGCUGUGGUACGACAACGCCGCACAGCGCGUGUCGGUGGCCGACGUCGUGGAGGAGCGCGUGCAGCAGCGCUACCGCAGCUGGUCCGCCUUGCUUGAGGGCUCCGUCAAGCAGGUCGGCGCCGUCGCGUCAGCUCCGCGGCAGCCACUACCGAUGACGUACAGUACCCCGCGAAAGAGACCCUCCGGCACGCUAAAGCACGGCAAGGAGGAUGACGAGGAGCAUCACGGCGGCAACACCUACGCGGGUGGCACUGGCGGCACGGACACUGCCGGACUUGGCGGCCUGGUCGGGCCGUACCGUCUCGACAAGGGGUGGCCGGUGCACCAGGUUUCACCGGAGGAAAAGCAACGGGUGCCACCUAACAUUAUCGAAGAGGCAAGACGCAUGGGCAAGGCCGCGCUAGAGGAGCGACUGCGGGAGAUUGGUAUGAGUGCGCGGGAGUACGAGCAGUACAGGUCCCUCCAGGAGCGCGUGCAGGCCCCGGUCGCGUUGCUGCGAAGCCUGCUGGGCGGCUUGAAGGCAGCCGAGGGUGAACGUACAUGGCUGCGGGGCCAGACGGAUGGCGUCUGGGACGACAGCAAGAUCGUGGAAGGCAUUGUCGGGGAGCGCAACAUCUACAAGCGACGCGCCGACUCGACUGAAACGAACCCGUUUCAGUCCAAGCACAAGAAGCGUCUGCUGUUCGUGCUGGAUGUGAGUGCCAGCAUGUACCGCUUUGAGGGAAUGGACCAUCGCCUGUCCAAGCUGUUGGAAUCCACCGUGAUGGUCAUGGAGGCGUUUGCCGGGUUUGAGGAGAAGAUUGACUACGCGAUGGUGGGCCACAACGGCGACAGCGCGUGCAUUGAGCUGGUCCCCUUUGGCCAGCCGCCCGCCCACCAGAAGGCGCGCAUGGAGGUGUGCCAGCGCAUGGUGGCCCACGCGCAGUACUGCUGGUCGGGCGACAACACUGUGGAGGCGAUGCGGCAAAGCAUUGACCUUGUCACGGCGGAAAAGGGGGACGCGUAUCUGGUGUUUGUUAUCAGCGACGCGAACCUGCCGCGCUACGGCAUUAGUCCGCGUGGACUGAGCGCCAUUAUGCGGAGCCACCGGGAGGUGCAGAUGUUUUGCAUCUUCAUCGCGACGCUGGGGGAGCAGGCGGAGGACCUGCAGGCGGAGAUGCCGCCCGGUCACGGUUUUGAGUGCCUGGACACGCAGGCGUUACCGCAUAUUCUCAAACAAAUAUUCGUGUCGGUGAAUCUUCUUUAA